CCUUGCUCGUCGCGUCACUUCUUUGUCUGCCAUCAAACUCCAAUUUUAGGUCUGGCACUUGGUUUGAAUUAGCUGCAUAUUGACUGCUGUACCUAUUUUAUUCCCUUCUCUGCAUUGAUCUGCUGUGCUUUGCUCUGCACCGCUCUUUCUGUCUUGUCUUGUCUCGUCCUGUUUCUCAUAUAAAACUGAGACAUGGCCUUCUCUGCAGAUCUUCUCUGCAAGACUCUUUCUUUCGUGGCACUAUCCAACUUUGAUUGUCCCUUGAGCAUCUCCAAAUAAUCGCCAUAUCCUCCAAUUUGACCAAUUCAACUGCUGUCGCCUCCGCUGUUGCCGCCGCUACCAUUGAUUCAUUCCCCACGAUCGACCGACCGAACCCACGAUAUCAGCAGACCACCGUUCCGUUCCCUCUUGGGCAUGGAACCUUAAUGACGACAUACUUUCACCAAAGACUCCGAUAAUACCUCCAUCAUGGCCGCCGUGCGCAUCUGCGUCUGCGGUGAUGAAAGCACCGGCAAAUCGAGCCUCAUCGCUUCUCUCGUCAAAGAUCAAUUUGUCAACAACAAAAUCCAGCCCGUCCUUCCUCAAAUCACUAUUCCUCCUAGUAUUGGUACUCCCGAGAAUGUCUCAACAACGAUCGUCGAUACCUCAGCUCGCCCGCAAGACCGAACUACAUUGCGCAAAGAGAUCCGAAAGUGCAAUGUCAUCCUCCUCGUCUAUGCCGAUCAUUACAGCUACGAAAGAGUAGCACUGUUCUGGAUGCCAUAUUUCCGAUCCCUCGGUGUCAACGUCCCCGUCGUAUUAUGUGCCAACAAAUCCGAUCUGGCUGGUCAGGGUACCACACCUCAGGUAGUCGAGGAGGAAUUGUUACCUGUGAUGGCCGAAUUCCGCGAAAUCGAUUCUUGCAUCCGCACCAGCGCCCGAGACCAUCGAAACGUAAACGAAGUCUUUUUCCUUUGUCAAAAGGCUGUAACUCAUCCGAUUGCCCCUCUAUUUGACUACAAGGAGGGGCAUCUCAAGCCUCUGUGCGUUGAUGCGCUGAGGCGCAUAUUCUAUCUUUGCGACAAAGAUCAGGACGGAUAUCUCAAUGAACAAGAAAUGAGAGACUUCCAAGCACGCUGCUUCGAUAAACCUCUAACAGCGGACGAUCUAGACAAUAUCAAACUCAGUAUCUCGAAAUCGUUGCCCACGUCCGAUCUAGAAAAAGGCAUUGACCUGCCAGGAUUCCUGCAAUUAAAUAAGCUUUAUGCUGAGAAGGGUCGCCAUGAGACUAUCUGGAUUAUCCUUCGAAAAUAUCACUACACUGAUAGUCUCAGUCUCGAGGACAAGUUUAUUCGACCCAAGUUCGAUGUUCCAGAGUACUCGUCGGCCGAGUUGAGUCCUGCUGGUUAUAGAUUCUUUGUGGAUUUGUUCUUGCUAUUUGACAAGGACAAUGAUGGUGGUCUCAAUGAUCAAGAGCUCGAGGCUCUGUUUGCCCCAGCUCCAGGGCUUCCCAGUUCCUGGACCGACUCGUCGUUCCCCUCCUCGACUGUAAGGAAUGAAGCUGGGCAUGUCACUUUACAGGGCUGGCUGGCUCAAUGGAGUAUGACAACAUUUAUCGAACCCAAGACAACUAUUGAAUAUCUUGCAUAUCUUGGGUUUGAGCCUCCGAAUCCCAAGGAACCCAUCACCGCGGCACUCAAGAUAACCAAGCCUCGUAAGAGAAGAAGACGUCCUGGUCGGGUUGAGCGUAACGUGGUCCUCUGCUACGUUCUUGGUGCAUCAGGAGCAGGCAAAUCCGCUCUCCUCGACUCAUUCCUCAACCGCCCGUUUGAUGGUCUUUACCAUCCGACCAUCAAGCCACGCCGCGCUGUCAACAGUGUCGAGCUGCCUGGCGGAAAGCAAGUGUAUCUCAUUCUGGAAGAGCUUGGAGAGCUGGAGCCUGCAAUCCUUGACAACCCGGCCAAAUUAGAUGCUUGCGAUCUUAUUUGCUACGCCUAUGACUCGUCUGACCCCGACUCGUUCUCGCAUAUCGUUGAUCUGCGGAACAAAUACACGCACCUUGAUGAGCUCCCCUCAAUUUAUACUGCUCUCAAGGCCGAUAAAGACAAGACCAACCAACGCUGCGAGCUUCAGCCAGAUCAAUAUACUGCCUCACUCAAUAUGAGCCUGCCGUUACAUGUGAGUGUCACCUGGGGUAGCAUCAGUGAGCUUUUUGUAGCUUUUGCAGAUGCCGCUACAAAUCCUAGUACAGCUUUCCCCAGGAGCAAUGAGGAGGGGCCUGAUCGGACCAGUUUGUACAUUGCGUUGGGCGCCACGGCCUGCGCAGGCGUUGCUGCUCUGACGAUAUGGCGGCGAGCAACGAAUGCUCUUUAAUGAGUGUCACAGUUGAGUAGAUGUUCACCGGGCCUCGGCGAGUUUGAAAGAGGAGUUCGUUACUUGGGAAGAGGACAGGCAUUGCAUAGGAAGGAGUUGAAACUCACCAUUCAGAAAGAAACAUGAUACCCAGCUCCAUCGAAAACACAUUUAUCACAUAGAUAUAUAAUCAACAAACAU